CAUAGUAGAAGCUGAAGAAGAGUCUCGGCGAACGGAUAGAAUCGUACGUACCUUCAUCGUGGCUGCAGUGGUGGAUCUUUCACUCUGGUGCGCACGUUAACAGAUUACGACAGAUAGCAACCGUACGUGCAGCAAUUCGUUUGUCGACAAGAGUUCAACGAAAGGUACACGUAGCACCGACGAACGAGCGAAUUUUUAACCGAAAAGAAAAACGAACUGAAAGGAAAAAUGGUGUACGAGAGCGACUUCUAUACAACCCGACGACCCUACUCACGGCCUCUCGUUUCGUCCUACAGCAUCACGCAGGACCGGCCGAUUACCUUACCGAUCUCCACGAUUCUUCAGUUGAGAAGCAUUCCUCGCAUGCCAUACGUGGCUCAUAAACGGCUCGUGACUGUAAUCCACCUGCCGUACCAUACCGUGUACCAUGGCGGCAGUCUGAUACCGAUAAGAGUUCAUGCGCGCGUACGUCCCAGCGUCCUUGCAGCUGAGAUCAACAGGAUACGCAACCUGACAAGACCGUCGACCGAAUCCUACACGGAAAAGUACCUUCGAUCCAAGGAUCACAUCUACUUCGACGACGAGGCGAGGGAAAUACGUGCGAGAGUGGAUUCUCUUCUUCGACGAGUUCACGUCUUCAUUCCACGAGCCGUAGCAAGCGACUUCGCGGAAGAGAUAAUACCAGAACGUAUGGGCAGCGGGGAUUACGUCCGUCGACUAAUCUCUGGAAAACACAACGCGAAGAAAGACACGAUAGAGCCGAUUUCCUGGUAUGAUGUGCCCGAUCGAGGUAACUUCGGUAAUCUGGCUUGCGUUAAAUAUGUCGCCGGCAAGCCACAAUCGGUCAGGAAACCCUACUUCAAGGUUGCUGAUUUACGUCCUUCGGACGUCAAAAACGAUGUCAAUUUUCUGAGUUACUACAGCAAGAACCGCGAGGCGGCGGCUAACGCCUCGCCAGAUGUGCCGAUGACGGAAAGAGAAUUACGGAAGGCGCGAGCGUUGCAACCUGAUUUGGAUGAAUCAACGCUGAGGAAAGAAAUUAAAACAGAUAAAGAAACGGAAUCAAAGCCAGAAAAGAAACGUGGAUUUAAGCGAGGAAAAGCGGAAACGAAGGGAACGGAGGACGAAGCAACUAAAGCUUCGACAUUGCAAUCUGUAAAGGAGCCAGAACCGGUAAACGAAACUCGAUCUAAACCGGAAACUAUAAAAGAGGCUGAAUUUGCAUCAGAAAUUGCGAAACAACCCGAACCCUUGCAAGAAUCCGAACUCAGCAAACAACCUGAACCUGUAAAAGCACCUAAAUCCGCGAAAAAAGUCAAACCUAUGAAAGAGCCGGAACCUGUGAAAGAAGCGAAACCUUCGAAGGAACCUGAACCUGCGAAGGAACCUGAACCUGCGAAAGAACUGGAACUUGCGAAGCAACCCGAACCUGCGAAGGAUCCGGAACCUACGAAGGAACUGGAACCUGCCAAGGAACCGGAGCCUUUGAAGGAACCAGAGCCUGUGACGGAAACGGUGUCUGUGGAGGAGCCGGAACCUGCGAAGGAAGCGGAACUUGCGAAAGAAGUACAACUCGCGGAGCAAACAGAACACGUGAAGCAAUCAGAACCGGAAUUGGAAGCUAUAAAAGAGCCCGUGAAAGAAUCCGAAUCUGUGAAGGAACCUGAGCCACUUGGAGAACCUGCGAAAUCGUUAGAACCGGAAUUAAACUCGGAAAAUCCAGCGGAAUCUAUACAAGCGGUUACGGAAGCCUUGCAAGAGUCAGAAUCAGAAGCAGUUCAAGGGCCGCAACCGAUAUCCGAGCUAGAAACCAAUCAAGAAUCUACGCCGAAAGCAAGUUCAGAACCUCAAACUACAGAAGGUGUAAGUGAGUCGGACGAAACAGACGAAAAGAAGGCGACAAAUAAAGUUGUGAAACACGACAAGGAAGAGGCGGUUAAAAGAAUAGAGAAAUACCUUGUUAAAGCUGUUGAGGAGGCAAGGACUGAGGAAGAAAAGAAACAGGCUGCCGAGGAAGAAAUAGUAAAACUCGAAGCGGAUGAGAUGAAAGCAUGGGAAGCAUUGCAGGUAGCGCAGGAACGUUUGGCGCAUCUUGACGAAAUUGUCGAACAAGAAAAAGCCGAAGCCGAAAGAAAAGCCGAGGAGGCGAAAAUCGAGGCUAAUCGAUUGGAAACAGAAAGAAUACUCGAGGAAGAAAGGAAAAUAGCAGAAGCUAGAACAACAGCUCUGUUGAAGGAACAGGAGCGAAUGAUCAUAGAGGAAGAACUCGAGAAGGCUCGUGACCAAGAGGAAACAGAGAUAAGGUUAGCGAAUGUUACGUUCGACGAUCCAGAUGAAGUGAAAGACAUCGAGCAUUUUCACGACGAUGUGAUAACCAGCGAUAUCACUGAUCAAGAAAGGGAAGAAAGGCUCUGUGAUCCAGUUACAGAUGACGAUACGAGGGUCGAAGAUGAUGUGCAAGAAGAAGAACGUUUUGAGAUGACACAAGAUCCUUUCAUCGAAGAACCAGAAGGAGCGGAAAGCAAACCUGUAACCGGCGGGAAUGCCGUCGAAGAAUCGCCAAACAUCGAAGAAGUAACGUCUGGUGGAGAAGAGAGUUUCGAAUGGGCUGAAGAAGAUGCUUAAAAACUUCUCAGUAAUUACGUCUCUUCCUUACAAACAUUAGGUACAUGCUAUCAUUGUCGCGUUCCGAGUAUUACCAUUGCAUCUCAUUAAAUCGCGUAUAAGAAUAGGAUGAACAUUUGUCAAUUUCGGGUAUCGUCAAACGUCGUUCAAUUUAAACCGUUUUAAGUCUUUUUUUCUCCUUUAUCAGCUUCAAACUAUCUGCAUCUAUUGUUAAUGCGCACGUAUGGUUCAUUGCUGUCGAGACAGAACCACCGAAUCGAGAAUGAAUAUCGAUUUUUGUUGGUUUGUCUAUAGCAACGACUUCAUGGUUAAAUAUCGUAUGAAAAUGAUCCUCUCAAUGAACUUUACAUUACUAUAUUUAUUUAACAUUACGUCCAUCAUCAAACGAUUUUAUAUUAUAUUCUUACACGUAAAUCUAAUUGUAUAGAUCACAAAUACAGAUAUGCAAAUAGAGCGGCAGAGAUACGAGAAAGAAAAAGGAAAAGCAAAGGAACGAGGAAACGAAAAAGAAAAGGAGAAAGGAAAUGAUUAUUUAUUUCCCAGGCGAAGAAAUUGCUUAGUGAAUGUUCCAAUUAUAUAGAGUAUAGAGACUAUUGUAUAAUAUCGUCGUAUUUAUUUCCUGUAAUUUAUCUUCCUGUAUACGCUUAUUCUAACGUUUCACUUAAUCGAUAUCAGAGAAUGCUUUCCUAGGUCUUACGUAACGUAUAAAUAAUGUAUACUACAAUUGCGAAUGAAAACCAGUAUGUAAGAAAUUAUUAAUUUCAUAUCGGUUAUGCUGGAAAUGGAAAGUCGACAGAAUUUUAUAACUAUGCAAAAUUAAAUAAUUAAAUAAUUAUGCAAAAUAUUACCGCAGCCUUUUUAGCGUGUUUUUUUUACGAAGAAAACCAGAAAUACGUGGCGAACAACAUAUAUAUAUAUCUAUCAAUUGUCAUGAUGUUCCUACACUUUAUUCGCACAGUGCUUUUCGUAUUUCUAGCACGCUCUGUAUAUUCACAUAAUAUUUAUUUCGAUUAUACCUCUAUAACAAUAAAAAUUAACAAAUGAGUA